AUGACGCUCCGCUUGACGAACAUGGACUUCACGCCGGGGGGGAAGCUGGCCCCAGAUGCCAACUUGUCAGAGGUGGCUGCAGAACGAGGCAUCGAGUUCUUCCUGGUUGCCUUCGUGGACUUGAAAGGGGUGCUCCGGACGAAGAUGGUGCCAGCCAGCGCUAUCAAGCAGAUCCAGCGUGAUGGAGCUGGAUUCGCCCCAGCUGCGACGCAUAUGGAUUUUGGCCCAGAAGCAGCGGACAUGAUUGUGAAGCCCGAUGCCAGCACCUUGCUGCAGGUGCCAUUCCAGACAGAAAUGGCCGUGGUCAUGGGCGACUGCUACAUCGAGGGUCAAGAAGUGAUGCAGUCUCCUCGGGCAGUGCUGCGCCAGCAGAUUGCGGAGAUCCAGAAGCGUGGAUACGAGUGUAGUCUCCUUCCUCUCGAAACCAUGGACACCUCUCUCCGCCGGCGCAGAUCGGAGCGCCAGGAUCCUGAUUUUCAGGAUACGGAACAGGCCAUGGCGUUGGGAGCCGAGAUCGAGGCCCAAGCUUCUUCAGAAGGUCCGGCGGAGGCUCAUCCUUUUUGGUCGGAGCGAGCUAAAGCCGAAGUGGAGUUGCAAAGGGCUAGACCACAAAGCCUAAAAGAAGCCAAGCUGCCGGAAGUAAAGGUUGAUGAGGCCGUUUUGGAACCAGACUAUGAUUUGGGGCCCGGGGGAAAGGGCCGAGGAGCUUCGCCGGUUGUGGAAAGCGAGGUUGUGAGAGCAGCUUCAGGAAGGGCAGAUGGUCAUUCGAGAAAUAAGGUGGAUGGUGUGCAAAAGGGUCAGGAGCUGUUUUUGGAGCAGGCCCAGCAAAGCCGGGGGUUCAAGGACUCCCUAGCCUUUGGGCCGAAGCAGGCUACAAAACAAACGGAGCCUGUGGACCUCUUGUCGAUGUCUCCUAUGAAGAUGACCUCUGAGGGAAUAAACAACCCUCGGUUGCAACCACCUACGAUCCCAGAGCUGGGAGGACCCUUCUCCUUGCCUGAACGCGAGAACCCAAGCCCAAAGCCGUCUGCCAUUCUGGAUGGGGAAACGGCUGGACACCUGUCGAUGCUGCAGCAUGGAGAUUGGUGGGCCACGGAUGAUGCUUGGAAGUUCGGCAGGCUCUACGCUUCAGGAGUUCUCGUCAACGACCGGAGGUCUAUCCCUCUGUCUCCAGAAGCCCAGAAAUCCCAGAAGAGUUCGGCCUACGAGAUCCCGGAGCCUCCACGUCAGUCCUCCCUCGAUAUGGAUUUUGGCCCAUCUGUUCACUCCCCGAUGGCUUUUCCCGGGGACAUGGUUCCGUCUAUGGACUUUGGACUUCACUCUUUUACAGGGUUCCUUCGAUGGACUUUGGACUUCAUUCUGCCGCGGGUGCUGGACCUCAUGGACUUCGCCCUUGGUCGCAGCUCCGUCCAUUCCUGGGGCGUGGAGCAACAGUCCAUCUCCUCCGAAGCAUCCUGCGUUUGGAGCACAACUUCCAGUGCCAUCUUGCCAUGCUGUCUCCUCCUGCGCGGGAGCGGCAAUGCCUCGAUACCAAUCGCCUCCUCCGAGGCCUCCAUCGUCCACUCCACCUCCGCCUAUAACCCUAACAACCCCACCGCGCUUGGAGAUUGGAUCGCAGUGGUCCAGCCGAUGAUUUCUUCACUGUCAGACACCGGAAGUGUCUGGUGGGGUUAUACAUACCAGGCGGCCAACCAGGCCUACGUGCGGUGGCUCUCCACUUCCCCGCUUGAAAGGCUGUCGAUCCAGAAGGAGUUUGAUCAGGUAAAUUUGGUGCAGCCCCAGCAUGCCUUGCUGGAACAGCGAUGCGUGACCUUGAUUCUUCAGGCAAUCCCGGAUGCUGUGAGGGUUGACAUUGUCGCCUCACGCCACCUGAGUGUGGCAGGAAUGAUCUUUCGUCUGAUGACGGUGUUUCAGCCCGGGGGAGCGUCAGAACGAUCAACCAUGUUGCGUUUUUUGGUGACGCCGAAGGCUGCUUCCACUUUGUCGGAGGCUGCAAAGCUGCUGAGGCAGUGGACCCAAUGGCGUAUGCGCCUGAAGCAACUGCACGCAGCAGAGCCUGACACCACGCUUUUGGUUAAGGGUUUAGAUGUCCUGACAGGAAAGGUGUUGCAGAAGCACUCUGCGAGCCUUUUCCGACUUGCCACUUUCCGUGAGCGGCUUGGGGUUGACUACCAGCCGACCUCCGACGCUGUGUCGGAGUUGUGUCGAAUGAUGCAGGCGGAGGUGGAGCACCUGAUGCACUCCACAGAUGACAAUCCUGUGAAGGAUGAGGUUCCGGGCCGAGGGGAUGAUGCUAAGAAGCAGCGCUUGCAGCGCUUGCAGACGUCUCCAAGUACCCCGAAGGCCAAGACUUCUCCAGCGGGACCCAAGUCGCCGGGUGCAGGUAUGAAACCUUGCAGAAGCUGGCUAACGGCUGGCGGUUGCACGUACGGGUCGUCCUGUCAGUUCUACCACGACCAGGAUGAAGAAAAGAUGCGGGGCCGAUGCUUCUGUUGCAGUGCCGAAGAUCACUGGGCGGACUCAUGCCCGGUGAAAGCCAGGUUAAAGGCGGAGGCUAAGGCUGCCAAUGAGGCACAGGCUGCAGCUCCGAGUCAGGGGGAUGGCAAUGCAGCCAUCAAUGCAGAAAUCUUGAGUGUGCUAAGGUCGAUCAAAACCAAGGCCUUGCGGCUUAGUGCUGUGAGCAACCCGACGGGCUACGGCUUGUUGGAUAGCGGGGCCUCCGCUUCUCUCCGCCAGGCAUCGCCUCAGGAAAUCCAGGAGUCCCGCCCGGUGAGCGUGUCUCUCGCGGUCGGCGAGGCUCUGAUGCAUGUGAACUCCGCCGGGACGUUGUUGGUCAGGGAGUCAGUGCAGCCAAUCUUGCCGAUGCAUGCGUUGCCGCUUUUGGGCUGUGAGAUCAACUGGACUGACCGGGGCAUUCACGUGCGGCAUCCAGGUCUCGGGAUCCUCCCGGUGAGACUCAAGGAUGGCACUCCUGAGUUGCCAGAGUUUCUGGUGCUCCGCCUGAUUGGCGAGUAUGAGCGCUUCCUCUUGCGCCGUGAGACCUCAAGGGCCGUAUCGCAACAGCUUUGGCAGCGAUCAGUUGGCCAGGAGGAGGUUGGGCUUUCGUCCCUAAGGGAGUGGGUUGCAGCCCAUGUGGCGGCAGAUUCGUGCAGCGAAAGUGAGCUGCAGCUGAUCGUUAAGACCCUCUUUCCUGGGCUCCCAGAAGGGUUAGCGUCUCAGGUUGCGGUGAGUCCCACCUUUGAUCCCUCCUGCGUUCCCUUCAACCGCCGGACCAGGAGACAGCUGUUUGACCCUCAGGUCCCAACCUUGGUGCAUCUGUUUGCUGGAAAGCAGCGGUGGCGACAUUCUGUCGGCCAAGUGCUUGAGGUUGAUAUCUCUAGGGGAUCGGACCUUCUUUCUGAUGAUGUGUUUGGCAUGCUGCUGCGGGCAGCCACCCUGGGUGUCAUCGAUGGGGUCGUAUGUGGCCCGCCAAGCAGGACCUUCAAUCCUGAAGCCCUGGCGUCCUCCUCUAAUGGCUUGAAGUUCCGAGGGGAAGAAGGGGAUGAUAGGUUUGGGUUUUCAGACCUCAGCCCGUCCGAUCGUGCUUUGGUUGAUCGGGACACCCUGUUGUUCCUCCGGUCUCUGCUGUUGACCUUUGUGGCCUCGUGUGCCAAAGAGAAGUUCUUCAACUGCUUGGAAAUGCCUGAGACUUCUACUGCUUGGGAAUGGCCCGAGUAUGAGAAUGUUUCUGUGUGUCUGGGGGGAUGGACCGCCAGCUUCGACCAGGGCACUCUUGGUCACCCCUGCUCUAAGGCCACUGCUGUGUAUACCAGCAGCUUUCAGCUGUAUGAGUCUCUUCACGAGCUGAAGCUUCCUCCAGAGGUGAUUGAAGCCCCGGCUUCUAACUUCUACGGCAAGGAGUGGGCUCCCGGGCUUGUUAGCCGGGUUCUGCGGGCCUGGGAUGACUACUGCUGUGUCAGCUUUGAGCGCUUGCAGGCUCACACCCGUGAGCGGGAAGGACUCCUUCUCAACUUGUGCCAAGAAGCCACUGUGGCUAAGAUGUCACCCGAGGUUUGGGAAAGGCACUGCCAAGCAGAUCAUUUGCCGUAUCGCAAUGAUUGCCCAAUUUGCAUUCAAGGAGCUUCCCGCGAUCGCUCCCACUUCACGAAGCAUCCGCAUCUGUUUGAGCUCUCCAGCGAUGUUGCGGGUCCGUACCACAAGGGCCGUGACUUUGGAGGAGCAUGCAGGUAUUUUGUGAUUUUCACAAUAAGGGUGCCGGUCAAAAGUGAUAAGAAGGAGUGGCGGGAUAAGUCUUCUGAAAUAGCUUUCCAAGAAAAGGUUGAUGAGGCUAAGGCCCAGGAUAAGGAGGAUCCCCAUGCAAGCUUGAUCUACCAGCCGGUGCAUGUUACCGGAGAGCCCUUAAGGGGGGAUGCUGAGCAGCCUUCUCGGGUUAAGGUGUACACAAAGCUUGGGGAUGACUUUCUUGAAGAGCCAAGCUCGGCCGUUGGGGUUUCUUCCACGCCGGGGGAGGAUGAUGACUCAGCUCUUCCUGUGAGCUUUGAGGUUAAAUCUCCUCACAAGCCUCCGCCGCUUCAGCCUGAGGGCAGUGACUCUGAUGAUGGUCAAGAGUUUGUGACUCUGGUGUGGGCUGAACCGCUGAAGACCCGCCAGUCCUUCAAUGUGCAGCUUGCAAUCAUGCGUGCUGUUGCCCGCCUCCGAGCGUUUGGCAUUCCGUGCUUUCGCUUCCAUAGCGACAGGGCUCGGGAAUACUUGAGUGAUUCGCUUGAAAGGUUUCUAGCCGAGCAGGGCAUUCACUCCACAAGGACAGCCCCUGAGGAUCAUCCCUCAAACGGCGCCGCUGAGGUCGCGAUUCGAGAAGUCAAGCGAGCGGCCCGCAGAGCUCUUCUUUCGGCGAAUCUGCCUUCGUGCCACUGGCCCACGGCAGUGAGACAUGCCGGAGAAGUGAUGUGGCGUAAGGGCCUUGUUCGUUUGGGUGGUGCGGCCAGGUCUUUGCUGGCUUACGGCACGCCUGUUGAGGCUCGCAAGCGCCUUCGCCACAGGGAUGUUUGGAUGUCCCGAACUCGGUCUGGAGUCCUGAUUGGCCCGGCUCCGCAGACCUUGUCUUCGUACCUUGUGCUGUUUGAGGAUGACACGGUGUGCAUUACGUCGGCGGUGUAUCCUGUUGAUUACCGGCCGCGCCCUCCGUCUGAGCCUGCUGAGCCUCCUCUUAGGCCGAAGCCCUUGUCGGGUUCCAGCACAGGUGCGUUUUUGCCGACGCCCCACUACCGUCACGGCUCCAAGGGCCCUUCUGUUCGGGUCACGUUGCAAGGCCCUUCUCUUCCUGCUGCGGGGGGGAUGAGUGCCAUAGCAGAUUUUUCGGAUUUUUACGGUUCGGGCGAAUUUUCCCGUCGGAGUUUUUCUGAGUCUGAGGAUUCCUUGAAAGCUGGUUCGGAUGGGCCGGUUGACUUCUUGUCAGAUUCGUCUGACUAUCCACAGACAGCUGGGAUGCCGGAAGUUCCCCAGCAGGAGUUCUCGACCUUGCAAGGUGUCUGUGAAGAUCCAGCUGCGUCUGAUGAGGUUUUUUCUUCUGAGGAUAGAAGGGAAUCCGGAGAGGACUCAUGUUCAGAGAGCCCGGGGGAGAUUGCAGAAACCCGUGAAGCGGAUAACGCUCCGGGAAUGCCGCCUACCAAUUUGGGCGAGGGUUCAAGAGGCCCGGGGGAGCCUUGUGAGCAUCGGGUUCUAAGGUUUGUGGGUCCGAACCCACAGCGUAUGCCUGCGGCCAAUCCAGCCCCUGGUGGCAGAAAUGUGCAAGGCAUCAACCACCGUGUGCUUCAGGUCUCCUUUGCCUACAUGUCUCCUGAGCAGUGGGCAGCGGUGUGUUAUCUUGAAGAGGAGGAAUUUGAACGUCAGAUGUCGGACCUUACCCGCUUCUUGGAUCCUGGUGAUCCUGUUGAUGGGGAUACCGAAAUCCCCUUCCUCCUUCUUCGGGGUACCUUGAGAAAUCACCGCUGGGAUCGCUAUCCCACCAUGGAAUAUCAAGAUGCCGAUGGCCGCCGGGCCCCCUUGUUUGAGGUUCUUCAGCACCAUGAUGAUGAUGGCUGGUAUGCUGAUGAUAGCGCAUUUGGGGAUAGGCUAGUUGCCUUCACCAUAAGGGAUUUUCGGACCUCUGAGAUUCGGGUUGUAGUUUUGCGACUCUUUGAACAGGAGCCACCCAGUCCCUUAGCUGUGCCUGGUCCCAUUGACCCGCCUCAUAUUCGGGCAUUCCGAGUGAAGGACGAGGCCUCCAGUGCCUCAGGGUCCUACAGCGCUUCAUCUAGCCAAGGCUAUCCGCCACCAAUGCUUGCUGAGACCUCGAGUGCUGCCGACCGUCCCGGCCAAGGCUACUUGUCACCCAUGCCUGCUGAAGCUCCUGCGGUCUCAGACCCGUCUGGUUCGGUGUCCAGCUUUUCUUCAGGAUCGCUGGAUGUGUCAGCAACGGGCCCGGUGUCUUCUAGUUCUGGGAACACCUCCACUGUGGAUACUUACUCCACCCUGCAAUCUAGCAUCGCUGAAUGGACCAUUGAUCCUCCCAGCAAUCCUUUAUGCCACAUGCUCCAGUCAGGUGCACCGCUGAGCCCUUAUAUCAUUCAGAUUGGGCUGCAGGGCUGUGUGGAAGUUCUUGAGAAUGAUGAUGAUCUUGAAAAAACGUUGCAUUAUGCAAUUCGGGGUUUCCAGUCCGAGCAACGAGGAGGCCGUAUGCUUCCCAACGCUCUUGAGCCUAAGGUUGGCUGGAUUGUGGUUGGAGCUAUGAUAGCCCGUUGGUUAGAGGAUAAUCCUGAAAGUGCGGGUGGCUAUGAUGUCCCUGAAAGGGUUAAAGCCAUCGCCUUAGGAACAGCCACUUCCACGGUGCCUGAAGCCCCCGCCCCGUCGAUGUAUGACUUUUGGUUGAAAAAACUUGAUCAUAAUGAUAGAGCGGAUGUGAAUGUCCCAACUCCGCGAUGGGACCGCCGGUAUGCAGUGCUGAGUGAUCGGGAAGCAGAACGACUCCAACGCGGUCGUCCAGUCGACGAACCAGCCAAUGGCUGGAAUGAACUCGAUCUGCAAAACUUUGGCUGUUUGGUUCACACCAUGCACAACCCCGAACAUGCCUUUAUGAUCGGACUGUUUGUUCUUCGGGGUCGAAAUUGGACCGCCAUGCCUGAGGUGCGUAUGAUUUGGGAUCACCGGCAUACCAAUGCUCCUGUGCCCUAUGUGUUUGGGUAUCAGCCCGGUGGCUUGAAUGAUCAGAACACUGAGUACGAGCUUGACCUCCUUGGUGUCGUAGAAACCGAAAGGGUCGUCGACUUUGAAGACGAACCCAAUCGUCGCGCCUACCUUUACCGGGCCAUCCGAUAUGGCCAACCUCCUCAGUGGUUUCUGAUCGAAAGUAACAUGAUAUGGCAAGAUCGGUUUCGCUCUUCUGAAGAGACCGGUCGCAACCCAGUUCCCAAUCCCCAAGGGCCUCCGCCCUUUGAGAACAGGAGAGAUCGUUCUCCGCGUCGGGACCCUGAUGCCGGGCCUGCCUUUCGUGUUGCUCGGCUCCUCUCUAGCUCUGGUGGUUCCCCGUCCGCAACAGAAGCGUUCUCUCCGUGUGAGACCUUCUGCAAGCAGGUGCUUCUUGAAGGAAACUCCGUUUCCACGGGUCAGCUUGCAAAUGCUAUCCGUUUGUACGUUCAAGAUAAGAAAGCGAUCAAUCGGAUCGCGAAGCGCCCUCUUGCCGGGAACCAGAAAGAUGAAGCUUCAGGAGCAACGCUCCCUCCUUGGUUCUGGUCUUCCGGGGCUUGGGUUUUCAGUGCUAAGGUUGGAAUCACCAAUACGGUGCAUGAGUGCCCGUGGCUCACUCGCCUUCUUGCUGUGAGCCUCUUCCACCGCACUGGGCAUUGCUUUGCCUCCGUUGGCUUUGUCGUCAACAUUGAGUCAGAGAUUCAUCGGGACUCUCACAAUUCCCUUGAGUCAAUGAAUGUGGUUUGGAAUGUCGGGCAAGGCUCAGGUUCUCUUGAGGUCCGGGGCCAUGAGAUGCCUCUUCCGCCAAAUGCCUGGCUUAGUUUCCCCCCGCGUGAUCUCCAUAAGUCUGGAAGUUGGGAAGGAGAUAAAAUCCUGGUUUUGGGCUACACCCCUAGAUCUCUUGAAAAGUUAACUUCUUCGGAUCUUCUAAGCUUGAGAUGGGUGAAUAUGCCAAUCCAGGACCUUGAGCCUCUGUCGUCGUCUUCCGUCAUCGGAGAACCCUCUCCUGGAGACGGUGUGUCGAAGUUGCUUCCAGAUGAGUAUGACUCAGGUGAAGAGGAAGCAGACCUCCCGGCAGAGGAAUCUUGGAGUCAGGUGACUCAGGGAUAUGAGCAAAUGCACCAAGCAGUGACGCAUUUCUUGAAGUCACUGCAACGAUCUGUUGUGGGCGCUUCUUCCGAAGGCCCAGUUGACCCUAUCACCUUGCAGGCGAUGCGCGAAGCUUCCUCCCUUCGAAAUGAGUUGGGCUGGCAUCUAGAACUUGCGCGCCUGUAUGGCUGCGAAGAGCCUGUCAGUUCCUCCUCGUGGAGGGUGUGUGCCGCUGCCCCUGCAGCAGAACAUCUUGAGUCUCAGCCCUUGCUGCAUACCCGCAUCGUCUCGAAUGAGGAAGUCCGUGAGAAACUGCAUGAAUGGCGGGAUGCCAUGAAAGCAGAGUGCGAUUCCUUGAUUUCGAAGGGUGCUGUUGAGCUUGUGGCAGAUAGUCAAGUUGAAAAAUGGAUUUUAGAUGGUGAAGAUGUAGAGAUCCUCCCCGGCCGGGGUGUUGCCACUGAAAAGCCCCCUGUAGCUCCCGGAUCCACUAAGAGAAAUAAGUAUAGAGCUGUAAUUUGCGGCAAUUUUCAAAAGUGGUCCGAGGAAAGGGCGGCAGAGUCCUUCUAUGCCGGAGGAGCGGAUUCUCUUUCGAUCCGCACUGCCUUGAGAUGGGCGGGCAUGAGGAAGCACGGUGGUUCAGGAACUGAUGUCAAGACUGCCUUCCUCAACGCUCCUCUUGAUGAGCAGGAGGCAGAGUAUCUGAUCUGCAAUCCACCUAAGGUGCUGUAUGCCGCGGGAGUUAUCCCGAGGGGCUACAAGUGGAGAGUCCACGGUGCUCUUUAUGGACUCCAGACCUCCCCUCGUGCUUGGUCCCGCCUCCGGGACAAAACCUGCAGAGUCCUGACCUGGACCGUUGAUGGCGAGAACCGCCACUUGCAACAGUGCGUUGCGGACCCCAACAUUUGGCUCGUCAAGUCCCCUUGCGGUGAGACUGUUGCCUUGAUGUGUUGGUAUGUCGAUGACCUCCUAGUGUUGGGACCCUGGUCGGAGCGAUCUGCUCUUCUUGAAAAAAUCAAGGCCACAUGGGAGUGCAGCGCAUUUACGCAUACUGAAGAUGGCCCAGUUGAAUAUUGCGGUCUUGAGAUUUCGGAGUCUGCUGAUGGUCUCUUGAUUGGGCAGACCAAGUACAUCAAGGAACUCUUGAAGAGGCACAACGUGCAGGGGAGUGCCAAGUCUCCAUGUGCCGCGUGGUCAGCCAACUUCGAUGAUGGCGAAAGCCGUGAUGACCCGGUUGAUCCGGAAGCGGUUAAGGCCGCUCAAAGCAUAACUGGUGAGCUACUGUGGCUCUCAGUUCGAGCGCGCCCCGAGCUGUCUUUUCCAGUCAGCCGCAUGGCACAGUUGACCACCAGGAGGCCAAAGGAUGCGCUAAGCAUUGGGCAGGGAGUGUUGCGUUUCUUGAAUUCUUCACCCUCCCAGUGCAUUGUGUAUGGCCCUCCUCCUGGAGACUGUGGGGCCUCUCAACAGUAUCCGAGGCCCGUCGUUGAAACGACGUUGCAUGCUUUUGCAGACGCCUCUUUUGGGCCAAGUUCAGGCAGAUCCCACCAGGGUCUGCUAGUGUGCUGGGCUGGAGCUCCGCUCCACUGGGAAUCUGGCCGCCAGACGCUGACUGCUCUGUCAACCGCUGAGAGCGAGCUGAUCAGCUACGUCUGUGUUGUGCAAGCAGCUGAAGCUGUUGAGGCCUUGAUUGGGGAGAUCUUUCCAGAGACUACGCUCCUCUUCCUCCUGUUCUUCCAGCUGCUCCUGCAGCUACCUACCGUCACCCAAUUGACCUGGUGA